AUGUCGCUCAACAUGUCUCUCUACUAUGUAUUCACUCACUCUUUCAGUCUCCCACCGGAAUACGAUUGCCCAGAAAAUGUGAACGUCUCUGCCACAACCAGACCAUUUUUGGGGGCAUACUUUUUGCUAACUGGGAUUGUUCUAGAGAUUCUCUACUUCCUAUGCUUCCUUGCAAUUUUAAAACUCAAUCUUCGAGUUCCGGUCUACCAGCUGAUGCUUUUUCUAUCAAUUGUCGAUAUGUUGCAACUAAGCUGUAACUCAAUAGCAACGGGUCUAUUCCACAUAAUUGGAAUAUCGUUUUGCAAAUUUCCGUUCCCAAUAUUCAUUUAUGGAGCUGUCGCCCAAGCAUCAUGGAUGAGUGGGAGCGUGUGCUCGAUUUUUCUAGCCGUUGAAAGAUGCGUGGAGAUUAAUCCAAAAUUCCCAUUGGAAUUUAUUUUCCGCAAACGGGUUUUUCGUUUCGUACUUGUUGCAAUGAUAAUGCUCAGCUUUUGGUCUUUAGUGUGCGUCAAGCCUGUUCUAUUUUCACUUCAGUAUAGCUGCUGGUUUUUUGAUCCGAUGACCGGCAAAGAUCCUGCGUUUUUUGUGAGCACCCCUGAUACCAUUAGCAAUAUUAUUUUGAUAGUCUGUACAUCAACUCUAUAUCUUUAUCUAUCUUACAAUCUGCUCUUCAAGUUCGGAUAUUCCACAUCAAUUUGGCUUUAUAAAACAAAACGGCAGAUAAUAUUCCAAGCAGUGAUUCUUUGUGCUUUUCAUGCCGUUGUCGCUGGAAUUUAUGAAUUUAUGAUGUUCUUUUACGCUUCACCAUCGCUAAUCAUCAUUAGUCAAAUACUGUGGGGAUGGAGCAGUGGCUGCAUGUGCAUCGCAUAUUUAUCAUUCAACCGAACAAUUCGAAACUCGGUCGUAAAAAUGAUAAUUCCGAAAGCUAUUCGAAUACGGUACGGGUUGCAUGUUGGCUUUGAAGAGCACUUGGCACAAACUGAAGCUGCUCAUACUUUGGGUACUGGAAUUGUGAACGCAGCGGGAUCGGCUAUCAAAAUGGGCAAUUUUAUUAAUUUUGACUAGAUUCGUCGGAUCAAUAAAUGUUCUUAAAUCUGAAAAAUGUUUAAAAUUCACAAUAAAACAUAUAAAGUUAUGUUUCAUCACCUUUUCAGGGCACCAUUAGCCGCUUUUUUUUCUGAUAGUCCUUUUUUUUGUCAAAAAAAAUGUAAAUUUUAAAAAAAUCUAAAAAUGUUAAUGUUCUGAGUUUUUCUAUUUUUUUCGUAUUGAAUUUUUUUCGUAUUUU